CCAUAAUAUUUAGAUUUUGUCUCAAAACAACAAGUCGGUCGUUCGCAGGGGGGUCGUAGCACAUCGUCAGGCAAUCGGAAAGCUAGGGGUAUCGUAUGAGACCGCCGGCGGGGUCCCAGAGCGGAGCUUUACACGCGGAUUUAGCGUCGGGGACCGGGUGUUUUUCUGCAGGCCUCACGGACGCUGCUGCGCGGAGCGGCGGGCUGCUGCUCCCGAAUGAGCGGGCAAAGCGUCCUACCUCGGCCGGCUCGCUUUAUGGUCCGUAUCUGCUCUGCGUUGCCCCACCGAUCGUUAGCGGAGGGAGACGCGGCACACAUGUGACCGACACGUUGCGUGGAAGUGGUCCCGAUAAGGUCUUAUUUAACUCGGUGCUAGUGGAGCUGUAUGCUAACGCGUUAGCGGUGGCUUAAACCCGAGGAGCGAGAUGGCAGGAGGCGCCUGCCGCGCACAGGCUCCGCUAGCUGCCUAUAACCUAGGUCGCCGGACCGACUAACACGCUGUAGGAUGGAUCCAGACAGUGGGACUGAAUCACAACGAGCCCUCAGUUUGCAGUGGAAGAGCUACAAGCUUGUGCAGGACCCGGCAAUACGGAGGGUCACCCAAAAGAUCUACCGAUACGAUGGAGUGCAUUUCAGCGUGCCGGACCCUGAGUUUCAUCCGGUGGGAAAUCUGCAAGACCCCCGACCUCGCAGAAUCUGGUCCAGAUACACAGAGCUGUCCCUGCCAGUGCCCAAGUUCAAGCUGGAUGAGUUCUACAUCGGCCAGAUUCCGCUCAAGGAGGUGACCUUCGCCCGCCUCAAUGACAACAUCAAGGAGCCCUUCCUGGCCGAGAUGUGCGCCAAGUUCGGCGAGGUGGAGGAGAUGGAGAUCCUGUUUCACCCCAAGACCAGGAAGCAUCUGGGCCUGGCCCGGGUGCUCUUCACCAGCACCCGCGGGGCCAAGGACACAGUGAAGCAGCUCCACAACACCUCGGUCAUGGGCAACAUCAUCCACGCCCAACUGGACAUCAAAGGCCAGCAGAGGCAGAAGAUCUACGACCUGCUGGUCAGCGGCGCCUUCACCCCUCAGACGGUCCCGCUGGGGGGGAAGGCCCUGACGGAGCGCCUGCCCACCUCACAGCCGGUGACGCAGCCCGACACGUCUUCGGACAUCCGGCGGCGGCUCUCCAGCGAGUUGGUGGUCCAGGCGGCCGCCAUGCCGGCCCCCGCCCCCGGGAGCGUCACCCCGUGCUCCAGCGAACCGGGCUUCAGCGAGCAGCGGCUGGAAACGCCCCCUCCCUCGCACACGGGCCCCUUCACGCCGGCCUCCUCGGCCUCCUCUCAGGGGGGCGGCACUCCGUACUCGUCCCGUUCCGGAACGCCCUUCUCGCAGGACUCGGGCUACGCUGCCGGCGGAAGAAACGCCGGCUACACGGCGGGGGCGCUAGGCAGCGGCUACCCCCCCCAGGACAUGCUGCCCUCCUCCUCCUCCUCCUCCGCCGUCACCUCCUCCGUGGGGGGGUACAAGGUGUCCCGCUACCCCGAGGAGCCCCAGGAGCCGUCCGGCUACCACCGGGGGCGUCCCAUGUACCCGCCCUACCGCCACAACGAGCCGCCUUGCUACCCCAUGUACCCCAACGCCGGGCCCCCGCCGGGGGGGCCCCACCACCUUUCCAUGCCCCCGCCCGCCUCGGCGCAGUACGAGGCGCCGCCCCUGCUGCCGCCGGCCGCCGCCGGCGCCGACCGGGAGCGCGAGGCGGGGGCCGGGGGCCGCUACGGCGCCGGGGGCCGGCGCUCCUCCUUCCACCAGCAGGACACGAACUCCUCGUCCUCAUCCUCCAAGCACCACUCCUCCUCGCACCACUCGGAGCGCCGCGAGGAGCGCCGCGAGGAGCGGAGCUACCGGCGGGACAGCCUGGGCUCGCGCUCGGGGGAGCCGCCGGGGCACCAGCGGCACCGCAACCACCACCACCACCACUCCCACAACCACCACGGCGCGGCGGGCCGGCGCCGCAGCAGCCACGAGCGGGACCGCGAGCGCGACGCCGAGUUUGGCGGGCCGCGCCACAACGCCUCGGCCGCCUACCGCUCCUCCUCCAACAGCAUGUCCCCGCCCCCCUCGUCGUACCCCGCCUACCCUGCCUCCUCCAAGGAGCCUGGGGCGGCCGCGCUGCUGGAGCCCCCGCCCCACUCCGCCGCCGCCGCCUCGCGCCUGGGGGGGGGCGGGGUCGAGAGGGGCUCUCUGCCCGGCUCGGGCGACAAGGACUACCACGGCGGGCCCGUGCCGACGCCCACGCCGCCGCCGGCGCCGCCCCCGCUGCCCCCGGCCUCGGUCAUCGCGGCGGCGGUGGCGGAGACGCUGGGCUCGCUGGACUUCGGCCGGGACAGCCCGCCGCGCGAGGAGCAGUGGAGCAAGCCCAAGCGGCGGCCCAGCACGCCGCCGGCAGCGCCGCCAAAGACGCCGCCGGCGCCGCCCGGCUCGCCGCCGCUGCCGCCGCCGCCGCACUCCUCGGUGGCCUCCUCCUCCACCUCUCCGUCCUCCACCUCCCUCCCCCACCAGGGGCAGCCGCCCUCCCCGUCGGUCGGCUCCCCGCCGCCGCCGCCGCCGCGGGGGGACGGCUCCUCCUCCCCGGAGCCCGACUCGACCAAUGAGAGCCUGCCGUUCGUGUACCACAGCAGCAGCCUGGACUCCCGCAUCGAGAUGCUCCUGAAGGAGCAGAAGGCCAAGUUCUCCUUCCUGGCCUCGGACGAGGAGGAGGAGGAGGGGGAGGAGCGGCAGAAGGCGGCGGCGGCGGCGGCCGGCGGUGGGGCGGGGGAGGGGGACGGGGGAGAGCAGCAGCGGAGGAAGGGGGAGGGCCGCCGGGGGAGGAAGCCCGGCAAGGGGGGCGACGGCAGGAAGAGCCCGCCGGUCAUAGCGGCCGCCAUGCCCUCCUCCUCCUCCUCCACCUACUCCCCCCACCUCCCCUCAUCGGACGACCCCCAGGCCGGUCUGCCCGGGGCCGCGGGGGCCACGCAGGAGGAGGGGCCCCAGCCCGGCACCACGGAGCCCCAGAGGGUGGGGGCCAGAACGCCCCCCUACAACGGACAGAGCCAGUCGUCCCCCCACUCCUCGGGCGAGGACAUGGAGAUCUCCGACGAGGACGAGGCGGCGAGCGCCAUCACCACGGCGACGGGCCACCAGCCGGCGGGCUCGCGGGCCUCCUCGCCGUCGCAGUCGUCGCAGGCCGCCCAGCGGGGGGGCGACCCCUCGGCCUCCCCCCCGCCCCUCUCCGACCCCCAGCACUUUGGGUCUUCCAUGCACCCCUCCUACCCGCCCCACCUGCCGCCGGGCUACGCCCUGCCGCCCCCCCACAUGGAGCUGCACCCCGAGUACCCCCCGCCCAUGCCCCCCCACAUGUACGACUACGCCAGCUCGGUGGAGCUCAUGAGCCAGUACAGCGGGGGGCCCCCCAUGUCCUUCCAGAUGCAGACCCAGAUGCUCAGCCGCCUGCACCAGCUGCGCGUCUCGUCGUCCGGCGCCCCGCCCGGCGAGGAGGCCACGCCCCCGGGCGACUACCCCCCCUCUUCCUACCACCACCACGCCAUGCCCCCGCACCUCCCCUACAUGGCCGAGGACGGGGGCGGCGCGGGGGGCAACGGUGGCGCCGGGACGCACUACGACCCGGAGCACCACUACAUGCCCCCCCACAUGGCGCCCUACAGCUACCCCGACCCCCACGCCUCGCAGCUGCCCCCGCUGCCCCCCCACCACGGCAUCCCGCAGCCGCCGCCGCCGCCGCACGCCGGCUGGCCCCCGCACGUCCUGCCGCCGCACUACCCGUCCUACCUGGCCCCGCCCCCCGGCUACGGCACCAUGCCCCCCGGGGAGGAGCAGGAGUACGGCGCCCCCGGGGACGAGCCCCCCCUGCUGACGGAGAGCCCCCACGAGGCCACGGUGCAGCUGGCGCUCGCCACGCUCAUCCAGGAGAUGAAGAACAUCAUGCAGCGGGACCUGAACCGCAAGAUGGUGGAGAACAUCGCCUUCGCCACCUUCGACGAGUGGUGGGAGCGCAAGGAGACCAAGGCCAAGCCGUUCCAGACCAUGGUGCGGGGUGUGUCGGCGCUGCGGGACGAGGAGAAGAAGGAGGAGAAGACGGCCAGCCGGCCACGGGACCCUCUGGUGUCCCUGGUGGACUGGGCCAAGAGCGGGGGGGUCGAGGGCUUCGCCCUGCGGGGGCCACUGCGCCUGCCCUCCUUCAAGGUCAAGAGGAAGGAGCCACAGGAGCUGGAUGAAGAGGACAUGAAGAGGCCGCGACCUUCGACCCCGCCAGACGAGGAUGACGAAGGUGCGGAGAACCGACACUCCGACAGGGAACGCCACGGUGGGCCGGAGCGUGGCAGCAGCAGCAAGAGCCGGAAGAGGAAACCCAGGAACCGGAAGCCCUGGGAGCUGGACAGCGAGGGAGAGGAGACCUCCGACGGAUCGUCCUCUGAGAAGGAGGAAGGGGAGAGUGGAAAGGAGAGCGAAGACGACGCACUCAGUGCGGACAGCGAUGACGAGAGCCUAUCCUCCUCCUCCGGGGGCUCCUCCUCCUCCACCUCCUCAUCCGGCUCCUCUUCGGAGGACGAAGACGAGGAAGAGGAGGGGGAGCGGCUGGACAGCGAGGGGCUCGACACCAUGGACGAGACCACCCUGGACGGCACGCCCACGGACCGCCACAAAGACGCAGACGGCAGGGAGAGUUCCUCAGCUACGGUUUCCAAAGCGGGCGAAAGACCAGCGUCCCGCGAAACGAAACCCAGCGGUCUGUCCAAGCGCCCCCCCUCGCCCCCCUACCCGAGGCCCUCCUCCCCCGUGGUGCUGCUGCCCCCCCUCAAGAAGCGCCGCAAGGCCGUCUCCUUCUCCACCGAAGACCCCGACGUCAAGCCGCCGCCGCCGCCGGCCCCCCUGCCGUCCCGCUCCCCCCAGCAGGGGGCCGCCGACUCGCCCCUGCUCUCCCCCCCCCGGCCCCCGGACUCCCCCCUCUCCGCCGCCGCCGCCGGCGCCACCCCCGGCGCCACCCCCGGCGCCACCCCCCCCUCCCACGUCGGCCCGGCCGUCCAGCUCCUCCCCUUCGCCUCCAAGCCCGGGGAGGGCAAUGCCCUCACCGUGCCCCCGCACAGCCGCAACGCCGGCAGCCCCGAGGACCACAGAAAGCCCCCCGCCCCCCUGGGGUCCCCUCAGAGGAGCCCCGGCAAGCUGCCGUGGAAACGGGGCAAGGAGUCGCCCAAGUCCCCCGUGGCCCCGCCCCCGGCGGCGGCCCCCCCGCCCGUCAUAGUGUGCCUCACCGUGCAGAACCUGCCGCCGGACCACGCCUCCAUGUGCCGGAUGGCCUACGAAGAGGCCCCGCCCCCCCCCCCGGUCAAGCGGGGCCGAGGGCGGUCCCCGGCGGCCCAGCGGGCCCCGGGCGAGGAGGACGAGGGCCAGCUGAGGCUCCGGGAGCAGCUGGGGGUGUCCAGCCUGCUGCAGCUGGCCACGGCCCCGCCAGGGGCCCCCCUGGCGGACGCGGCCCUGAAGGCGGACCCCGAGGCCGGCGACUCGGAGGAGACGGAGACGUCGGACGAGGCGGAGGAGCAGCGCAUGGACGAGGAGCUCUUCCUGUCCCCCGAGCCGCUGACGCUGGUCAUGGACGCCGAGGGCGUGGUGGUCCUCACGGAGCACAACUACUCCAAGCCCCCCGUGCUGCUGGCGCCCGCGCCCCGGCGGAGCUCCGCCUCCCUGAAGCAGGACCACGCCCCGCUGCUCCCCGCCGAGCUGGCCGCCAUCUCGGGCGUGCUGGAGGCGCCGGAGGAGGUGAUCGGCGAGGCGCCGCGGGGGGGCGACGGCGGCGGCGGGGACGACGAGUUGUCGUCGAGCGGCCCGCUGUACGAGGUCCGGGACGCCGUCGCCAAGGCGACCGCGCUGACCCCGCCCCACAAGAGGAAAGGGGCGGCGGCCAAGGGUCGGGAGGCGGAGAAGGACAAGAGCAAGAAGAGGCGGAGGAAAGAGAAGCCGGAGCGCAAGCCGGCCAAGAAGGGACAGAAGGAGCGGCCCGGCAAGAAGCAGAGGAAGGGGAAGCUGGCGGACUCGGAGGAGGACGUGGACGUGGAGGAGCUGGAGUCCGGCGAGCUGUCGAGCUCCUCGGAGGACGACGAGCUGGAGGACGUGAGGAAGAGCGAGCGCCUCUUCCUGCAGGAGGCCGGGGUCACCACCUCCUCCCAGCGCAAGACCGGCCCCCCCACCCCGACGGCGGCGGCGGGCGGGCCGCUGACACCGGCGCUGCCGCUGGUCCCCGUCAGCUUCGACACGCGCAGCGAGUACGAGCAGAUGACCAUCCUGUACGACAUCUGGAACUCGGGGCUGGACACGGAGGACCUGCUGCUGCUGAAGACCACCUACGAGAAGCUACUGCAGGAGGACCACCGCACCGACUGGCUCAACGACACCCACUGGGUCGGCCACACCACGACCAACCUGCCGAACCCGCGCCGCAAGAAGAAGAGCGUGGAGCGGCUGCUGCGGGAGCACGUGACGGGCUGCGCCAGGAGCGAGGGAUACUACGCCAUCAGCCGCAAGGAGAAGGACGCGUACCUGGACCUGGACCUGCCCGAGCAGGUCCUGCUGGAGAUGGAGAACCUGGACAGCAUGGGUACAAACCGGCUGCUGUCGGAGCGUCGUUCGGAGCAACGCCGCCUGCUGACGGCCAUCGGAACGCCCGCCGUCAUGGACUCUGACCUCCUGAAGCUCAACCAGCUUAAGUUCCGUAAGAAGAAGCUGCGGUUCGGGCGGAGUCGGAUCCACGAGUGGGGGCUGUUCGCCAUGGAGGCCAUCGCGGCCGACGAGAUGGUCAUCGAGUACGUGGGCCAGAACAUCCGACAGAUGGUGGCUGACAACCGGGAGAAGCGCUACGCCCAGCAGGGCAUCGGCAGCAGCUACCUAUUCCGGGUCGACCACGACACCAUCAUCGACGCCACCAAGUGCGGCAAUCUGGCCCGCUUCAUCAACCACUGCUGCACUCCCAACUGCUACGCCAAGGUGAUCACCAUCGAGUCCCAGAAGAAGAUCGUCAUCUACUCCAAGCAGGCCAUCGCGGUCAACGAGGAGAUCACCUACGACUACAAGUUCCCCCUGGAGGACAACAAGAUCCCCUGUCUGUGCGGCACGGAGAACUGCCGCGGCACGCUCAACUAGAACCUCCUCCUCUUCCUCUUCCUCCCUCUCCCUCCUCACCCAGAAUCUCACCUUCUUCCGUCCCUGGUUCGCAUUUCGGUCGGGCCCACCCAAGGGUAGUGUUCCUCGCCAAGCCCCCCCCCCCCCCCCCCUCCCCCCCACUCCCGCCCCACCUGUGGUUUACACAGCUUGAUCCAGGAAACAGAGAUGCACACACUUGCACUUUUGACACAUGCGGACGCACACACGCUUGCCCGCUUCCUCUGUUGCCUAGCAGUUCCCGGCAUUAUUGCAUCCGUCUCCGUCUCCGUCCCCCCCCCCGUCCCCCGUCCCCCCCCAUCUGUCAGCGUGUGGUGUGCCAAACUCACCAGGGGGGGCGGGAUUUACCUUUAUUGCGAUUUUCCGUUCCCUCCUUCCUUACCCACAAACAACCUUUACCCAGGAAGUGGUGUGUGUGUGUGUGUGUGUGUGUGUGUGUGUGUGUGUGUGUGUCUGUGUGUGUGCGUCUGUGUGUUUGUUUGUGCCUCUUCCUCACACAUACGCACACUGACAUCCGCGCAAAGGAAAAAUGCGUAACAAAUUCAGGGUUUUAAAAAAUAGAAAAGAGGCCCACCUUUCCGGCCAUUGAUUUUAGCAUAACCUCCUCGGUUCAAGAUGGUCUUCAGUUAUGCAAGGUCUUUCGAUUAUGAAGAUGAUUUCGGAGCUUUUUUUUUUAACUUUUAGCUUUAUCUUGGGUUCAGUUACUUGGUAUUCAACAUGAGUAUUCUCCUUGUUCUGGUUUAGGUUGCGUUAUCUGUAAGUGUCUUGCAGCCCGAGACGGGGGUCACACCGGUACCACGCCCUCCUCUCCCCAGCCCUCCCCACUCUGUACCAGAGGAUGGGACAGUUUUAUACGCUAUAGUUUUAUCGUUGCAAAUGUUACAAAAAAAUGAGAAUAGUGGUGGGCGAUGACAUGAGUUGGAGCGAUACGUUUCACAUCGUCCGCCGUGUGGGUUUAGUGUUGGCCAGGUCGAGGCCUUGUCACUGAGGUUCAGUGUCUAACCAGUUCUGUGAGGUUCCCCCUUUUUCUUUGUGACCCCCCCCCCCCCCCCCCCCCCCACGGUAGACCCCUGAUCUCUGGGUCUGGACAUUACCCCGGCCACGAAGUCAACCGCUAUAUCAGUCCGCUCCUCUCCCUCCCAACACGUUCAAACGACCCGCAAUUCCGACCAAACUCCACCCCUAGUCUGUGUUUCCCGUUCAUCUGUUGCUCACUGAGAUGGAAAUGUCCUGUUUUUGUCUUUGUUCGAGGUGACGUGUAUCGUAAGGCCUCUGAGAGGGGGCCUCUGCAGACUGAUCAGACAGUUAUAUUAUCAGUGCUUAACGGCUCUCUGGGGGGGGGGGGGUGUAGUGUGGCCUGCGUGUGUCUUCUAGAGAUAAUUGGCCGCUGUUGAGCUUCAGCUCAUGUAGGGGAAGACACCAAGGGCUUCGGGGUCUGGUCGCUCGCGUUCUCCGCUCUGUUCCUAUGAGCGGCUCUUCCUGGCUCCUUCUCUUGUACUUUUUCUUGCGUUUUAUUUGAUUGGUCGACGGUCGGUGCGCCUCCCCAGGCACGACUAAUAGAAAACGUGUUUUUGUCUCUUUGCAAACAGCAGCCGUUCAGUACAAAGCCACUGUCGCUACGAAAAAGGUUUGCAAAGAAGAUCUUCAAAGAAACACGUGUAAAUAUUGUAGAUGUGUCUGUUUCUCGUAGAAACACUCGAUUCCAAGCUGUAAAUAAGUUGUUUCUCUUCCUCACGUCUCCAGGAGGAUAGAUGUACAUACCUUCCAAUUCAGUUAUUUUCUAUUGUUUCCUUUUAAUUGGAUGAUUAUUAUUUUUAAUAUUAUUUGCAAUAUUUCUCUUGUAUUAAUGCGUUGGACUCUUUAUUAAUGGUGCAUUAAAAUAUUUUUUAAAUAAAAUGA